AUGGGCGAUAAGAACAACAACGUGACGUCACUUAGAGGCGAUCGGAUCGGGCCGUGGAAGCUCGGGGAGACGCUUGGGGCGGGCAGCACCGGCAAGGUGCUUCUGGCGCAGAACACGGAGACCGGGCAGAUUGCGGCUGUCAAGGUGAUCUCGAAGUCGGUUUUUAACGCACAGGGAUCGACGUUUGUGGGGUCGAAUGAUCCGGACGUGCUGCCGUACGGUAUCGAGCGGGAGAUCAUCAUCAUGAAGCUACUAAACCAUCCGAACGUGCUGCGGUUGUACGACGUGUGGGAGACGGCGCAGGACCUGUAUAUGGUUCUGGAGUACGUGGAGAAGGGCGAGCUGUUCAACCUGCUGGUUCAGCGGGGGCCGCUGCCAGAGAACGAGGCGGUGCGCUUUUUCCGGCAGAUCAUCAUUGGGAUUUCGUACUGCCACGCGCUGGGCAUCGUGCAUCGGGACCUAAAGCCGGAGAACCUGCUGCUGGAUCACAAGUUCAACAUCAAGCUGGCGGACUUCGGCAUGGCCGCGCUGGAGUCGAAGGACAAGCUGCUGGAGACGUCCUGCGGGUCGCCGCACUACGCGGCGCCGGAGAUCGUCUCCGGGCUGCCGUACCACGGCUUCGAGAGCGACGUGUGGUCGUGCGGGGUCAUUCUAUAUGCGCUGCUUACGGGGCGGCUGCCGUUCGACGAGGAGGACGGCAACAUCCGCAAUCUUUUGCUGAAGGUGCAGAGCGGCAAGUAUGAAAUACCGGGCGAGGACGAAAUAUCGCCGGAGGCGCGCGACCUAAUAGUGCAGAUCCUGACAGUGGAGCCGGAGCAGCGCAUCAAGACACGCGAGAUCCUGAAGCACCCACUUCUACAGAAAUAUCCAAGCAUCAAGGACUCGAAGAGCAUCCGCAACCUGCCGCGCGAAGACACGUACCUGAACCCGCUGGAUCACAACGACGGCACGAUAGAUCAGGCCAUUCUUCAGAAUCUUGUGGUUCUAUGGCAUGGCAGAGAUAAAAAUGAAAUUACGAUGAAACUCAAGGAGCCAGGCGCCAACCUGGAAAAAACUUUCUAUGCACUGUUGCAUCGGUUCAAGUUUGAGAACGAGCAGCAGCAGUUAAAACAGCAGCAGAUUGCCAAGCGCAUUUCCUCUACUUCCUCUUCUCCUCAGCAGAAUAUUGUGAAGUCUUCCUCCCGCCGCUCCAUAAACAAUAUAUUGUCUACACCGAAGAAGAAGAGGAGCUCAGCCAUUAACGUGUCAUCGGCCCAUAAGCGACCCGUUUCCAUCCAGAAGCUGAACGAUUGCGGGACUCUGAAUCCAACGUCGCCGUCCAAGAAGCGUUCGCUUUCCAACAGAAAGUUGUCUGCAGUUCUGGCGGGCUCGAAUUCCUCGUCGCCGUCGCGAAAAAGGAUGUCAGUGGGGCAAGAUGCACCGCCUGUUCCGACUGCGGUAUUACGCGACUACAAUAAACGUGCUUCGAGAGCAAGCAAACGCUUAUCCUUCCUUCCCUCCAAGCGCGGAUCUAUUACCACAAAAAUCAUUGCCACAUAUGCAAAACUAUCGGAAGAUAAUGACUGGGAGUACAUUGAUAGAGAAGCUAAGCGCACCAGUUCCGAUUUCGCGACAUUGAUUGACAAUAUAUUUGAACACGAAAAGUACGAGCAGAUAAGGCGCGAAAAAGAGGAAUUGGAGCGCAAGGUUAGGGAGGCGAAGGAACGCGAGGAGCGCGAGCGCAGAGCGCGGGCAGAAGCGGAACGCCGAAAAAGGGAAGAGGAAGAGCGCAGGCGUCGCCGCGAAGUAGAGGAGCUAAUCAGGCAGCGGGAGCUACAGAAGAGUUUGGAGGAGCAGGUGGCUCGGUUGAAAGCGGAGGUCGCCGCAACAAAACAGGAAAAACGCAUCUCGCUUGCUCAGGAGCAACACGUGCGCUCGAUCUCCGAGCCGAUGGAACGGAAGGGAACUCGGCCGAGUAAACGGGAUUCUUUUCUCGCCCUACAGAACAAUAUCAACAGUUUGUUGAAGCGGCGUACGCUGUCGCUCGAGACGCGUCCAAUCUCGAGGUUAGAUCCAGGUAUCAGGCUCUCAGAAGAAAACACCAUCUUGGAGGAUGACCUCGAGUGUAAUGAGGACCGCCUUCGCGUUGAAAAGAAUAUAUUGGAAACGAUCCGCAGGUCGAAGUUCUUGGGGUCUCAGUACGAUAUUGACAAGGAGCUGCAGAGAGUCAGGCGCGAGAAGUUGGAAAAAGUGAAUAUGCGCAAGAGUCAGGACAGGAAGCUGGAACCUGGCCUCCAUUCGCGCCAGGAACAGAGGUUUGUGUCUGACGGCACCACCGUCACUUCCUCACAUGAAGAUUCGGAGUCGAUAAUCCUUCCCAAAAAUGUCACUGCUAUUGGCGUUCUGAAGGACGAGGAAUCCGAACCAAGAAAGUUAUCGGAGGUCAAGAUUCCGCAGUUCACAAGACGGUCGAAGCACUUUAGCGCCUCUAGCAAGCGACUUUCCGUGUUGUCCAUGUAUUCCACCAAGGUCUCUUACACGAACCUUGCGGACUACCUCAACAACGACGUGCAGUUGAAGUCAUUGCAGCCCAGCGCACCAACUUCUAUCAAGAUACCACAGGAACCUGAGUUCAUGUUCGAAUCUGCCGGGCAGGAAAACCGUUACCAGGCUGCGGCUCCUACAGACACAUAUCUGGAAAGACCGAAGGUUGGCGUAGAAGGCGACCACGAGCCUGGCGAGCCUGUGGAACUGAUAGAACUGGACGAUAGUGAAGACAGGUCGAAGCAGUACUCCGAAGAGGACAUAGCAAAGGUUAAGCUGCCGAUCCUGCCUCCUCUCGAUCACCUCAACAAGCCCAACGGCCUCGGCAUUUACCAAGCCCCCGCGCCUCCAAAGGAGCCUCUGGGGCAGCCCGUGAUGAAAUCGAUGAUCCCAGACGACAUCAAGAUCAAGUGUGUCCCCAACCAGCUCUCCCCGCGCAGGAGGGCAACCGAGCGCGCGCCCGAGAAAAAGCUCACAAAGACUGUUCCGGAGCGCGUGAUUGCAGCUGAAACCUUCCCGCCCCCCAACACCAAGAAGAAACCAUCCUUCUUCAAGAAAUUUUCCCGCGAGAAAAUGCACUCGGACUGCGACGUCCAGCUUGACACCACUGUCGGCGACUCCAAGAUGUUCCGGGCCUUGAACAAGUUGCUGAACGGCUGGACCAGCUACGGCUUGAAGGAGGUUCGCUCCAUGCCCGCCUCCUACACGAUCACCGGCAAGCUCUCGAGCGACAACAUCCUCUCUUUGCGCUCCACCGCCUUCGAGAUUGUCAUCCUCUCCGUCGCAGACACCGGCUCGAGCGUAAAGUUCACCAAGAAGUCCGGCUCCAAAAAGACCUUCACCAGGCUCGUCAACGAGAUCGAGAAGAUUUUGGAGAAGGAAAGCGUCUUGGUGCUAGCCUCGUGA